AUGAUCAGCAGCAGCAAGAUUGCCGCCCUGUGGCUCACAGUCGUCGCACUCUCAAGUAGCACUUGUGCGAAGGAACAGGCCGCCCAGACGUUCGGAUUCCUGCACGGAGGUGCCGGUGCCGGCUUGUACGGAGGUGGUCGAGCGGGCGCAGUUGCCGGACUCUACGGGCGUGGUGCCGGGAUCGGCAACGGAUACGCUGGCGUUGGGGCUGGUCUCGAAGGAGCUGCUGAUCUCGGAGGAGCUGCUGGUCUCGGAGGAGCUGCUGGUCUUGGGGGUGGUGCCGGACUCUAUGGACGCGGCGUUGGUGUCGGCAACGGCUACGGUGGUGCUGGUCUCGGAGCUGGUGUCGGCGGCACCGGCGGCGUUAGCGGAGCGGCUAACGGUGGUGCGAGUGGCAACGCUGGCGCGGGUGCUGGCGGCAACGUUGGGGCCGGCGUCGGUGGCGGUGUCGCUGGAGCUGCCAACGGGGGGACUACGGGAACGGGAGCUGCUAACACCGGCGUUGCUACCCAGAAGGGCUACCGCAAGCUUCGCUCCGAGUAA